AGCCCGGUGUGUGACCAGAGCAGGGGCGGAUCUCUGUGAUCAAUAAACUGACCAAGAGCCAAAGUUGAACUUGGAGCAGCAGAGCAGGAGAAGAACUGCAGAGAGGAAACAUCUGUAGAAAUCUCAGAGAGGAAACAUCUGUAGAAAUAAAUAUCUGUAGAAAUAAAUAUCUGUAGAAAUCGACAUCUAGAAGUCUCAGAGUAGAAACUAUGGCAUCUCUCCGUCGACAGGUUCCUUACACACCUAAAGCUCCAAUCAGACAGGGAAUAUACAGUCAGGCGGUGGUUGCGGACAGAACCGUGUACAUCUCCGGUCAGCUGGGGAUGGAUGUGGCCUCAGGUCAGCUGGUGGAAGGAGGAGUCCAGGCCCAGGCCAAGCAGGCUCUUAUCAAUAUGGGGGAGAUCCUUAAAGCUGCAGGUUGUGACUACACCAACGUGGUGAAGACGACUGUGCUGCUCGCUGACAUAAAUGACUUCAACAGCGUCAAUGAGGUCUACAAGACAUUUUUCACCAGUAACUUUCCUGCCAGAGCUGCUUACCAAGUCGCUGCUCUCCCCAGAGGUGGACUGGUGGAAAUCGAGGCGGUCGCUGUUGUCGGACCUCUCUCAGACUCCUGACUAACCGGCCCCAUCACAAACAAGUUAUAGACCAACCGCCAAGUGGACUAAGAGUUGUGCUGCUGAGGCCUCGUAUUUCCACAUGACACAUAAAAGAAGUUCUGUUGUUGCCUCUGCGGCUGGUUGACUGCAGCAAUAAAGUGUUUUUAGUAUCAUAUCAAUGGAAAA